UCGUCUUACAAUUUCGUCAACAAAUAGGAAAGAAACGACAGAAAGAGAAGAAACCUUGAAGCCUCCGCAAGUUGACUAAUUUCCAAUCUUACCCUUCACCAUCUUCUUCUUCCCUGCACCAAACAAUCAUCUCACAGUCAACACCAAUGGCACACCUCAACAUCUUCAUCGCCUACCUCCUCUCUCUACUCUUCUUAUCAAACACCCAUCUCACUCUCUCACUCAAUCCUGACCGUCUAUCUCUCCCCCAAUCCCCCACAGAUGUUCACGACCUUCUCCCUAAAUAUGGCUUACCACGUGGACUAUUACCAGACAAUGUGAAAUCUUAUACUUUAUCACCAACUGGGUCUUUCACAGUUGAACUGACAAGGCCGUGUUAUGUUCAUUUUGAUAGGCUGGUGUACUAUGAUAAGGAGAUUAAAGGGAAGCUGAGCGACGGUGCUGUUGAUGAUGUGUCUGGUAUUCAAGCUAAGAAAUUGUUUAUUUGGGUGUCUGUUAGUGGGAUUGAAGUUAGUAAAGAUGAUGGUAUGAUUGAGUUCUUUGUUGGUCCUUUGUCUGAGAAAUUGCCAGCUAGUGAGUUUGUUGAUGUUCCUGCUUGUAAGAGUAGGGUUGCUUCUCCAAGGACUAAUCUUGACUCCAUGUGAAGGUGCUUUUGUGCAGGAUUGUUGAAGCCCUCAUCAAAAAUCGGUGUCUUUGCAAUGAAAGCUAACCGGAUGAGUUUUUUUUGUACCCUUCAGUUGUGUGUCAAUACAUGUAAUUGUUUCCUUGAUCAAUAAACUAUUGUCUCAGUGACUUCUGUGCUUUCCAAUGUGUAUUAUUUGUUCAUAAAUGUCUAUUUCUGCCUUGGGGCGA